AUGGAGAUGGACAUACGAAUACUAGUAGGUCAGCAGAAGGUCAGUCACAGUGUGAAGGUAAUGAUAGGCGGUUGUUGCGUGUGUUCUGACGAGCGUGGAUGGACAGAAAACCCGCUAGUUUAUUGCGAUGGCCAUGGUUGUAAUGUUGCUGUCCAUCAAGGUACAGUAAAAAAGGAAAAAGAAAUCAUAAAGGCAAUUCCGGCCUUCAAGCAUCACUACACAACAACUCCAGAGAAAGAGAAAUGUGCGGAAAAGAAACCAGAAAAGUAUAAGCAAAAAAGAAAGCAUAGUGCAACUACUGAAGCUAGUACUGUCACCACUCAUACUGAGUAUGAGAAGACAAAAACUGACUCACUUGAAGGUGACACUGCAUCAUACUCCUCGACAAGCUCUUUGAAAAGCAUGGAAGAAACCACGGCAAAGUUCACUAGUGCAAAUUUCACUGAAAUUGAAUUUACAUCUAACAAGCCACUGGAUGACACGCCUCCGCAAGGUAUGCCUUCAGAGUCUGCUGGGGCUCCGCAGAAAUCAAAGAAACAUUCAGGACAGAGAGGACGUAAAUCUAGCAAGGGGUUGGUGUCCUCUGAAACUGCCAGCACCAGUGGACGAUCUGAUAGUCCUUGCUCUACCAUGAGCCAUAUCAGUCAGCCUGAUUUACCUAGUUUAGGUCUAUCUGAAAUUAAUGCUAAUGCAUUGGAACAUCGAGCCACGCCAAGUGACGACGGCUCUUCUACAAAGUCCAAGACAAAAUCGCAGAGCAAAUCCUCAAAAGAACCGUCACGAGAACCGACGCCGUCGAGAUUACCUAGUGUUACCACGGAAACCAUAGAACAGAGAGAUUUGCCACCUGUGGCCGCUACAUCCACGCCACCUCUUGCUGCCAUGGAAACACCCGAAUCUGUACCAGCUGAAGCAACAGUUGUGACGCCAACAAAAACAUAUGAGACUUCGUAUGAGGAGUUUAUGAUGAAAUAUACCUCAAGUACUCACGGGGGUGAACUGGCCAAUGGGCAAACUAAAAAUAAAGAACCCACAGUUCCCCCGAUUACAAUAGUCAAGUCACCUGACAAACACGAUAAAAAAAGACACCGUGUGAAAAAAAACAAAGCAGGACAUCCUGGUCGACCAAAAACAUCAAAAACUGUUAAGGAUUUAAUUCAAGAAUCUUCGCAACCAUCUCCGACCAAAAAAUCCCGAAAAUCAAGCCUAUCAUCGCCUAGUACUUCAUUGAACACUAUGAGCUCUGAUAUGACUGACCUCAGUAGUAGUCAUCAAUCGGGGCAGUUCCCCCCAAAUCUGUUACCUCAGGAUUCGCUUCCAAACACCCCUAAUCUCAGCUUUUCCCAAAGUUCCUCUUCCCCGUUUGGAUUAUCUAGUUUGUUCCGGACCAGCGACAGCUUAUCAGGGAGUCUCGCUAGCAGCUUAAGUCAGCAACAGCCCUAUGAGAGCCAGCUGACCUCGUCAAACCCCACCAUGCCAGCAUUACAGCCAGAGAAUAUCUCUGAUAACCAAACAAAUCAAGAUACCAGAGAGACUUUGACUGCCACUUCAUCUAAUGGACUGUUAAUUGGACCGCAAAGACCUCAAUCUAGUAACAGCCAAAGUAACGAUAUGGACCAAAGUUUUAUACCUCCAUUUCCGGCCACCAUGGAAGAACUUUUAGAAAGACAGUGGGAACAAGGAUCAGAGUUUCUCAUGCAACAAGGGGCACAUUUUGACAUUUCAUCAUUACUAUCUUGCUUACACCAACUCCGGGCUGAAAACCAAAGAUUGGAAGACCACAUUAAGAACCUUGUUGCCAGACGAGAUCAUUUACUGGCUGUCAAUGCAAGACUAUCUGUACCACUAGCUAAUUCAAGUGCAACUGCCACUGACAAUGGCCCUAAUCCACAGGGUGCUGGUCGAAGUCCACGGUUGAAUAACAUGAUUCCGUCUGACCCGCCGCAAGCUCAGCUGUGGAAGUCAACUAAAAUAUGA